GUGAGGGCGCCGCGCACGCGCGCGCGCGCGCAACCCGCACACGGUGGGCGCCGGGCGGUCGCGCAGAGCCGGACCCCGCGAUGGCGCAGGAGCAGGGGCCCUCCCCGCCGCCCUCCUCGCCUCCCCCCCGCCAGCUGCUGGACGCCGUGCUCCAGAACCUCUACGACUUCGGAGAGACAGAAGACGAAGCAGAACGGAAAAGGAUCAGAAAGAAAAAGGAAAACAAGAAGAGAGAUGCGGGGACCCCAGCGGCAUUGGGGGCCGAGCCCGCUCCCCCGCCUGGUUCUCCUGUGAGAGGCCCGCGGAAGAGGGCUUCCACCUUCUUCUCGGAGCUCCGAGAAGAGCUGCAGCGUGCCCCCUCCGUGACCCCCCCGGAACCCCCCGCAGGGCCGCCAGCCCCUCGGGCCGCAGCAUCGCCCUCUCCCCGGAACAGGAGGGAGCCCGUGGAAGUGGUGGAAUUCCACAGCAGGAAUAAGAAAAGGAAACAGAAGCCGGACCAAGAUGAGAACGCCAAGACCAAGACUAGUAUCGUUGAGAAAGAUGUGAAUAUGCAAGAAUUUAACUUGGAAAAGGCUCGGCUGGAGGUGCACCGGUUCGGGAUCACGGGCUACGGGAAAGGGAAGGAGAGAGUGCUGGAACGGGAGCGUGCGAUCAUGCUGGGCGCACAGCCUCCCAAAAAGAGCUACGUGAAUUACAAGGCUUUGCAGGAGCAGAUCAAAGAGAAGAAGGCAGCCAAGGAAGAGGAAAGGAGAAUGGCCCAGGACACAGAGAUUUUCAAGAAGAAGAAGAGGAAAGGGCAGGAGGACAGGAAAUCCAAGAAGAAGAACGCAGCGCCCAGCAUUUUGUCCAGUGGGCGGAUUGGCCAGGUUGGAAAAUUCAAAAAUGGGACAUUGAUUCUGAGCCAAGUGGACAUCAGGAAGAUAAACUCUUCCCGAGCGGCUAAGUGAGCCGCCGUCCGAGCGAGAGGGAGGGGGACGCCCUUGUGCUGAGCCUGGGCCGGCGAGACUCCAGACGGUUCUUUAUUUCCUGGUUCAUGACUGUUCUUCAAGGUACAAGUCAAAUAGGACCAGUAAAGCUGCUGGGGCAGAAACUGGUUUGGCUCAGUGGAUAGAGCGUCGGCCUGCGGACUGAAGGGUCCCAGGUUGGAUUCCGGUCAAGGGCAUGUACCUUGGUUGCGGGCACAUCCCCAGUGGGGGGUGUGCAGGAGGCAGCUGAUCGAUGUUUCUCAUCAGUGUUUCUAACUAUCCCUCUCAAUUCUUCUCUGUAAAAAAAUCAAUAAAAU